AUGACUUCAAUUGAACUUGAUGAGAGAACAUUUGAAGCAAAGCUUCAGAACUUGACAAAUCUGGAGGUACUUUCUCUCUCUGAAGUCAACAUCUCAUCUCCGAUACCUGUGAAUAUUUCUUCUUCCUUAAGGUACCUGGAUCUUCGUCAUACUAAUCUGCUAGGUGUUCUCACAGAGAGUUUUUUCCUUCUGCCAAACAGCUUGGAAACGCUCAAAUUGAGUGAUAAUCAUCUUCUCAAAGGAGUUUUUCCAAAGACCCACCGGAGCAACACUCUGUUAAUGGAGUUGGAUAUUUCAUUCACAAGCAUCUCUGGUUCCAUUCCUGAUUCCAUAGGCAACCUAACACAAAUUACGGAGUUGAUUUUAUCUUAUAAUCAUUUCACUGGCCAUAUUCCUUCCACAAUCUCUAAAUUGAAGCACCUCACAUAUUUGGAUCUUUACUCCAACUCCUUUUCAGGUGAAAUUCCUGAUCGGCAUGAGGUGGUACUCGUUGCAGUUCCACAUUGCUUGGGAAGCAUGGCUAAUCUAAUGGUGUCGGACUUAAGAAAGAACAAUUUCACAGGGAGUCUUCCUCCAUUAUGUGCACACAACACUUCAUUGAGUACCAUUGUCGUAAAUGGCAAUCUAUUUGAAGGACCUGUUCCUGUGUCGUUGCUCAAGUGUGAUAGUCUAGAAGUCCUUGAUGUGGGGAACAAUGUUAUAAAUGACACGUUUCCAUCUUGGCUCGGAACUCUUGAAUACCUGCAGGUCCUUCUAUUAAAGUCGAACAAGUUCCAUGGACCUAUAAGUACGUGUCAGACUAAGUUUUGCUUUCCCAAGUUGCGAAUUUUUGAUCUUUCUCGUAAUGAUUUCAGUGGCUCACUUUCUGCAAAAGUUUUUGGAAACUUCAAGGCAAUGAUCAAAUUAGAUGGUGAAGACACAGGAAAUAUCAAGUACAUGGAAUCUGUGUUGAAUUCGUCAUUUGACACAUCGUAUGAGGAUUCAGUGAGCUUGGUAAUCAAAGGGCAGGAUAUUGAGCUACAAAGAAUCAGCACAAUUAUGACAACCAUAGAUCUCUCAAGCAACCAUUUUGAAGGUGUGAUUCCGAAAACACUAAAGGAUCUCAGCUCACUUUGGCUACUCAAUUUAUCCCGUAACAAUCUCAGAGGUGAUAUUCCAAUGAAACUAGGACAGUUGAGUAUGCUUGAAGCUUUAGAUCUCUCUUGGAAUCGGCUCACUGGAAAGAUUCCACAGGAAUUGACAAGAAUGAACUUUCUGGCCUUCUUAAACCUCUCUCAAAAUCAUCUCGUCGGACCAAUUCCUCAAGGUCGACAAUUCAACACAUUUGAAAAUGACUCAUAUGGUGGCAACCUUCAUUUAUGUGGUCUUCCUUUAACAAAGAAAUGUGGAACGAGUGAUUCAUCGCAUGUUCCUCAACAAUUGGAGUCCGAAGAAGAAGGCGAGUCAUAUUUUUUUAGUGGAUUUACGUGGGAAUCAGUAGUCAUAGGCUACAGUUUUGGACUAGUUGUUGGAACUGUCAUAUGGAGUCUCAUGUUUAAAUAUCGUAAGCCAAAAUGGUUUGUGGAAUUUUUCGAUGGACUCAUGCCUCACAAAAGAAGAAGGCCAAAGAAGAGAGCUCAGAGACGACGGACUUAAUGGAAGAUUGGGAGGGCCAACUUGUCUUUGUUUGAUUUUGUGGACUAAUAAGUGAACUUUUCUGGUUCUGUUUUUAUCUUUUUAAUUUUCUGUUUGUUGUUUGUAUAUGUUUGAUAGCAACAUAAUUAUUAUAUGUGUGGUAUUUUAGUAUCAAUGGUUAUUCAAGUUAAGUCUAUUUCUG